GCUUUCAUGAAUUCCAAAUUUUACUUACCCGCUCUGUUCUCUGGUCCCAUCGUUUUGACCAUUCUUUGUUAUUGGAUGUUCAUGUAUGCAACUACAUCGUUUAAACUCCUGGUAACAAAGAAGUAUCCGCACUACGUCAAUUCGCAGUAGCGACCUUUCGCACACGGGCUAAGGAUACUGCGAGGAUCGCCUGGCCCUCUACGCAGGCUCGAACCCCCCGACCACCAGAUUACAAGCUGUUUUACCUUCCUGUCUGCUGGCACAGGCUACUCAUGGGGCGAGUCUAAUUUGCUGCUACUGCGCAUCCUUCUCUCGAAGCCUGCUUGCUUACGGAAACGUCAUUUUCUUUGAACUGAAAUGUCACUUAUCACGUCCACUAGGUCGAUCUUUGUGUAUGGAAGGUUAAUUGAUUAUUGCUUUCCAAGCUUACUUCUACCCACGUCCAUUAACCAAUUUCAUAAACGGUUCAUUGGAAAAUCCUCCAAAGUAAUUUAUCCAUGGAUGAACAGGCGCAAACCGUAUUGGGUGGAUCAAGAGGCUGAUCCUCGUUCCGAUGAAGAUUUGACGCAAGAAAAUAAAGCAUUUCUGGAGGCUGAGCGUAUGCGUCUUUUGGCAGAGCGAAAAAGCCCUCUCAUUGCCGAACAAUGGACUCAAAGCUCAUGGAUUCCGAAUGUCACUCAACGCUGUGGUCUCAUUGGCAUAAAAUUGGGCAUGUAUCCAUUGUGGACGAAAGAAGGCAAGAAGUUGGACUGCACCAUCAUCCAAAUCCCUGAUAACCAUGCGCUUCGAUACGUUCCCCCUGCCAAAAUAGACGAUUACCUCAGCCUGCGGGAUCCUCGGGGUUAUUGGUUCAACGACAAGCAAGUCCCGUCCUGGAUCACUCAACGUCGUUGGGGGCUACAACUAGUUGGGGCUGUCAGCGCAGACCCAUUGGAGUUCACUCCAGCUUGGUGUGGUUUGUUUAACGAGGCCGGAGUGCCACCGAAAAGGAAAAUAUCACGUUUUCUCGUCAGUCCUGAUGCGGCUUUGAAGCCAGGUAAUUUAAUUCAAGCAGUCAGCUUCACUUUGAUGAUGAUACGUUGCCGUUUUAUCUCGAGAUCCCUUCUGAUCGCGUUUGCAUUUUGUGAUUUAGAAUACCUAAUUUCUGGCAUUUUGUUUUUGCUACCACCAGGCAACAAUCUCAGUUCGUAGAGCUUUGCGGAAUGUUAUCCUAAUCUGUUUUUGUUCCCAU